AUGCCCACCAUUCCCGCCCGGUCUAGCGCCAUACAGCAUUUGCGCGCUGGUCAGUCCAUCAAGAUCAUCAACACAAGCGGAGGUCAAGUGAUUGACACCUGGGCCUUUGUUCCAACCUCAGGCUUCCCUUCUUAUAUGUCGAUGUCGCACACGCGAUCCACCCACCAUAAACUGGAGCUUACAGUCGGAGAGUCGUACUUGGACAAUCACCGCAACCCUAUCCUGACAAUCACUGAAGACACUUCUCCCGGACAUCACGAUGUGCUCUAUUCCGCCUGCUCUCCUGAGCGGUACAUCCAGCUUGGCGCUCCAGCGAACCACGACAAUUGCGCGCAGAAUCUGCGGAAGGUAGUUGACACAUACCAAAACCCUUCAAUUCAGAAGCUAGGGGAGCUGUUGGAGUAUGGUUGGAUACCUGAUCCUUUGAAUCUGUUCAUGAGUGUUCUUGUCGCGGACAACAAGAUACCUUGCGAAGAUCCAGCGGGCAAGCCAGGCAAUUACAUUGUCUUGAAGGCAGAACAAGAAUGCGUUGUCGUAAUGAGCGCGUGCCCGAUGGAUGUCCACAUCUGCAACGCAGGUGCACCGACUAGUGCAGGAUUUGAAGUAUUAUAG